AUGGGUGGGGACUGCGGUGCUCAUCCGCUCCAGCCUCCCUGCUCGAGCAGGACCCUGGCGGAGCACACGGCAGUGUCUGCAGUGGGGGAGCCCCCACACACCCUCCGAGCAGCAGCGCAGGCGCCUCGCUCGGCCGGCUGGCUAGCUGUCUGUCUGUCCGUCCGUCCGUCCUGCGGGCUGUAUUCCGUCCCGCUGCGCUACGGCCGCGGCCAGGCCCGACCGCCCAGGGCCGGCACCGCCCGGCUCCCGGCGUCACUUCCGCCCGCGCCGGCCCGCCCGCGCCUGCGCACUGCCGCUCCCUCUCCGCGUCGGGGCCGGCGAAAGAUGGCCAAGCGCACCAAGAAGGUCGGGAUCGUGGGUAAAUAUGGGACCCGUUACGGUGCAUCCCUUAGGAAAAUGGUGAAGAAGAUUGAAAUCAGCCAGCAUGCCAAGUAUACCUGCUCCUUCUGCGGCAAGACCAAAAUGAAGAGGAAGGCUGUGGGUAUCUGGCACUGCGGGUCCUGCAUGAAGACAGUUGCUGGUGGUGCCUGGACUUACAAUACCACCUCUGCAGUGACAGUCAAAUCUGCCAUCAGAAGACUGAAGGAACUGAAAGACCAGUAGAAGCUACUUCCUGUUCUCCUUGUGAAACAUCCUUUUUCCUCCACUGUCAAGACCUAUCCUUUUAUCAAUAAAAGAGUGAUGAUGGAGUGGAAUAA